CCUCAAUUGCGAACUAGGGUUGCACACUCCAGAGAGAUUUUGAACACGCAGUCUACAGCAAGGGCGAUUUUUACAUUCAACAGAUGUCCACAUCACGAGUGUAGGUACAGCAGUAGAAUGUCCGAGAAUCAGCAGCAGGGCUCACGCACAGCUGCUGUUGGCUGCGAGCACGACGACUGGAAGGACUUCUCUUGCGUCACAAAGUGGGAGUACUUCAUCAAUGACGUGGCCGGAGCGGCAGCAGCAACAACGCAGAGGCGGAGCACCAAGAAGCUCACUUCUUAUGACGGGCGCUCAUACUGCUUGAGAAGGCUGAUCGCCGGUCCGAACUCCGACAACAGCAACAACAGCAACGACAACAACAGCGAGGCGCGGAUAUCAGCAGGAGGAGCUGCAACUGCCGGCGACGAAGGCGACAUCUCGGAGUUUCCCGACCUGGCGAGCUUUUUCGGAGAGGAGGAGUGUUCCCUAGACGCGUGGCUGGCUCCGGAACCGUCAUCAUCAUCAGCGACGAUGUCGAGUCGGGAGGAGGAAGCGGACGAGCGGGAAUUCCUGGAAGACAUGGGGGCGUGGCACCUGUUGCGCAGUUGGUUCGGUUUUGGCGAUCUUUUGUGCCUGCAUGAAGCAGCGACAAACCCUGCAUCAUCAUCCCGUUCGGGAGACGGCGCCGGAACGGUCUUGAGCUUGGAGCAGCUGCUUUCCACGGGAGUGAUGGCCAUGGAGGACCGGCGGUGCGGAGCGGUGCUGGCGAUGCAGCAGCAGCCGGGGGGCGACGGCGACGGUCGGCGCGGUCGUUGCAGCCGAGACUCGGCGUCGCGGAGAGGGGUGUCGGUCAAGGGAUACGCCACACUCUCCCCCAUCGGCCAUGCCGACUGGACCCGGAGAGCCGAAACCGUGUGCCUGGAGAGCGAAGCAUCAUCGGCUAUACCGCGUUCUCGGCUGUCUCUGGAGGCCCUCGGCGAGUUGCUCACGGACAAGGCGUUGUCCGCGUGGGGUAGGUGGGGUUACGGGGGACUCCUGGAGGCCUCGGCUCGGUACACUUGGGAGAGGCGUUUGUACGACGGGAGGGUGCUGGGGGGCGAAGAUGGAGAAGAUGAUCUUCGGCAGAACGAGUGGCGGGCGGGUUUCUUGCGGGAACGAUCGCACUUAUGCCGGGGGACGAGAGAGUGCGCCGUCCGGGCGCUGUUGGCCUCGGCGCGGGGGGAGCACGGCAUCCCCGCGUGGGGGCCAGAGGGGGACCCGCUAGACGGAGUUCGACUAUCAGCGGUGUGGCGGGGGCUCGGCGGAGAUCGACCCCUCCCGCACACUCCCCUGGAGCUCCUCCGUGACAAUUUGUCCCCCCCCGGUGGCGGCAGCUCGUUGUCGCAGUGGGAAGCCUCCGUGUCUUGGGAGACGGCAAGCCUCUCCGCCGGGUCCCUAGGCUUGAAGCUCCGGCUCCUCCUUGCCGUGUACGUGCAUUGCCUGGCGCUAGGCGGUGACCUCCUCAUGGCGGACAUCUGCAGCGCCGACGCCGAGGCCGAAUUGUCGUCAGCGAGGGAGAGGGCGAGACACAUCGGUGCCGUUCUCGGACCAAGCACGAGGGAGCUCAUCGCAAGGAUGACCACGGCGCCUCCGAGAGGCGACGGAGAGAGCGGCGGCGGUACGCACGGCGACGACCGGGCAGACCCGGCGGACAUCGUCCACAGCGCGCGCUACCUCUUAACCCCCCGUCGGUCUAGGCCGUCGCGAAGCGCCCAAAAGCACGGGGGCGGCGGAGGUUCGGCGAUGGCGCCGGGGGGGGGCGACGUUGGGGAUGGUAACGGUGCGGAGAAGGCUGGCGCUGAGGGAGGGGGGUCCGGUGCCGAUGGCGGUGGUGACGAGAGGGGGUCCCCGUGGCUGUGGGUACCGAGGGGGGGGGCGCCGGCCUGCCGCCUGGUGUCGCAGCUUGCACUAGAGGCAGCUAGGUUCGGGGCGGAGGGGGUCUGCCUUGGGGACGUGGCAGCCUUCUGGAAGUCCUUUGUGCAAGAGCUUAGGUUUCUGUGGGAAGAGAGCGCGUCUGUCCCGCAGAUGGAUCCGGAACCACCGGUGGACGGUCUCAGCAUGUACGAUCUGCGCAUCACGGGACAGCGCGCCGGUCUUUCCGAGCGGCUGCGGCGGAACAUCCUCCGGAGCCCGCCCGCCACCCCGGCGGCGACGUCAUCGUCGGAGUCGCCGGGCACGGUGGCGGCAGUGGAUGCCGUGGACGUUUUCUCUGAGCAACACCGCACCCGGGCGCUGAAAAUGCCGCGGUCGGCACCGCCUCCCGCCGGAGAUAAGCAAGAUGGCAGGGAUAAGGACACCACCAUCGAUCGUGGCGGGGACGGGGCCCCCGCCGAUUCUUCGCCCAUAGUCUACUACGACGGUGGGGGUACGGAGGGGGGAAGAGCCGCGGGUUCCGGUUUCAGCGGUCGUGGUCCAGUAGACGAAGAGACCGGGCAGCGGGUAGCACCAGCAACAACGGCAGAGGAAGCUGCUGCGGCAACGGUUGCAGCAGCAGGCUCGGAAAAGGGUGGAGGGGGGGGGCAUUCAAGGAGAAGCAGCGGCGGCCGCCACGUCGGUGAGGGCGCGGACAACGCCGGUGCAUGUCAACGCGAAGCCGGUCGGCCGGACGGCGGCGACUCGUCAGGAAACGAUGCCAAGGAUUCGGUGGAGAGGAAACAGGCCGCGUUUGCCGCGGAGCGAGACGCUAUCCUUAGGCGAGUGGGAGUUAAAAAGGAAGGCGCCACCGGCGGCGGUAGCAGCGACAGCGAGGGGGGGGGUUGGUGGCACUUCGGUGGCGGCGGUGGUGCGACGAAGCGGGGGGAUUGCAACAUGUCGCUGCCGUCGGAACCAUCCCCAGUCCCUCGAAAUGCAAGCACCCUCCCCAAGGCCAGAUUGGCCUCCAGCGUUGUCGGCGGGGAUCCAGAAGAAGAUUGGCAGCAGCAGCAGCAGCAGCAGCGGCAGCAGCAGCAGCAGCAGCAACAGAAGCAGCAGCAACAACAACAGAAGCAGGCGGUGACGAGGAAGACGGUGGUUGACACAGCCACGUCCGAGGAUGCACCGCCUCCGCCGCCGCCCAGCGGCAGCAGCUCCCCGCCCCCCGGCCGCGGGAAAGUGAGGGGUGCCGUGAGCAGGGUCGGGGGCGCGGUGAAGAAGGCCGGGGGCGCCACGGCUAGGAAUUUGGGGGGUGCCGUUCAGAAGGUCCGCGAUCACCGGGCUAGCAGCGCCUCGAAGCAGGAGGCAGAGAUCGAAGAAGAUCUUGUGGAGCAGCAGGCGGACGGCGCUGGCGACACCACCCCGGCGGGAGAGGGGGCGGAAGGAGACGGUGUGGCGGCGCCGGGUGGCGUAGAAGGUGGCGGUGGGGAUGCUGCUGCCGUUGCCGAGGUGGCGGUUGGUGCUGGUGUUGACGACGGUGGUGGCGAUGCCGCCGCUGUCGGUAGGGUAACGCGCUUCACGGGUCAUCGCCUUCUGGCCACGGGAGAGCGGGCGGUGGUGCCGGAGCUGUUGCCUGCGUGCCCCCUCACAUCGGACAUGCUUGAGCAGCAGAGGGAGAUCGCGCGACGUCUCAGCUUCGCAGCGGAAUCAUCUGACGGAUUCAGGGCUCGGCAGCAGUCGAACACGAGGGCUUCGCGGCUCCGACUGUCCACCCUCUCGGCCGACAUGCAGUGCUUCCUCUCGGCCAACCCGGGCGCUGUUUUCGCCGACUUCUUGCGGUGGUACAGCCCUCCCAACUGGUCGGACGGUCCCGAGGGGGGGGACGCGGCUUGUGUUGCAGGUGGCGGGGGGGUUGGUGGCGAAGGCGACGGUGGGGCGGGCGAGGAGUUGUCCGGCUCCUUGACAAUCGUAGGGGAUGACGAGGCCACCGCCACCGCGCGCGGUGUCGUUGCCGAUGUCGUGGAAGAAAUUAUCGAGGGGGCGGUAGCGGCAGCGGCAGCGGCAGGUACGCCGGAAGGUGAACGAGUGGUAGCGGCGUCGCCGGUGGCAAUUGUUUCCGACUCACCACCACCAACGGCAGCACCUCCCGGGGGGGGAGGGGGCGCCGUAGCUAAGGGGGGGGUAGUAGCGACCGGCGGCGCCGAAGGCGGCGGCCGUCUCGAUUGGGACGAGAGAGGGAAGGUCGUCUGGCGGCGGCCUGCGGCUUCUGAGACAGGAUCAGGAGGAAAACUGCGGGCAGCAGCGGCGGCAGCGAUGGCAGAGGAGGAGGCAGUGGGCGAGGACCAAGGUAGUACCGGCGUCGGCGAGGAGGAGGGGGGGUUGUGGCUCGAGGCUUGGCUCGAAGUGGAGAAAGAGGCGGCUAGCGCGGCUGGCGAAGAGGAAGGGUCGCCGAGAGGCGCCAGCGCGGGAGCCUACCACCACCAGCAAAAAGUUCUGUUCAACCCUUGCAAGGAGGCGGAGAAAGCGCUGCACUACAUCGAGACGAUCGGGCCGGCGCAGCUCGUGAGCCAGCUGCUCAUCGCCCUGGCGUGCACGUCGGGCUUUAUCCUUUCGCAGGCUCAGACGGAUGCCCUGGAGUUGCCGUGCGUGAAGGAGUCCCUGUCACGGGUGAAGUCUGCCGUGCUGAGCGCUUCUGAGGGUCUGUUCGAAGCCUCUGCGGGCGGAGGGGUGCUGCUCAUGGGGAACCGGGUGGCGCACCCGAUCUCGCAGGCGACGCUCGUGCAGUGCGACGCGCUCUGCGACGCUGUGGAUGAGGCGGAGGUGUUGCUUUCCAGGGGAACCUCGCUCCUGCACAAGCUUCCGAAGGAGUAUGGUCUCGUGGAAAAGCUGGUAACCACCAACACCGCCAGCUGCCGCGACAACAGCGCCGACAACAUCAGCAACAGUAGCAGCACCAAUGUCGGUAGCGCCACAGAUGGACCGCUUGCCGUGCUGACGCGCUACCUUGCCUCCGGCGACCCCGCGCCCCCCUCAUUCCCGAGGCCGCUAACGGGAGCGACCGGCGGCCCAGAAGAAGACGCCUCUGGCAGCGCCGAUGCAUCUCCUCCCCCGGCAGUGGCAAGCGGCGUCGCCGGCGCCGGCGCCGGCGGAGAUGUCGAUCACGCUGCUGCAAGGGGCGAGGGUAAGGACGAUGACACGAGGCGGUACUCGACAGCAGUGCCUUCGGUGGAGCCUUCGCCGCCCCGUAUCCAAGAGUACUCGGUAAGGUGGCGUUUGCCCAGACAGGGGACAGGGGACGCGGGACACGAAGAAGAGGAGGGCGUCGGUGCGAGGCUUUACGCGAGGGUCAUGAACGAUGGGUGUUGGGGCGAUGCCGGGGAGGCUGAUGAUGGCGGCGCUGAUGAGAUGGACGCUCCCCCGGUUGUCAGACUCGCCGUAUCGGUAGCCGAGCCCGCAAGCGUUAGUAGGUAUUGAGCGAAAGUCAGACCGCCCCUUUCGGGGGGGUUAGACCAACUAAUGUCGGGAGGUUUGUUUCCCUGUGUGUACGGGGAGUGAGAAAAUUGUUCCUUGAAAUUUUGUACAAUAGCAUGCUGACUUGUCGGAAAGAUGAUAGAAUAGCUCGACCGGUUGGAAGUGUAUUGAUGGGGUCUCCCUUUGGUUCCUGUUCGGUGGCGGUGGGGUAAGCGUACUCUCCUCAACAUUCGUCUGUCGGUCUGUUGGUUGCUCUCCCCACAUCCUUGUACCUUGCGUACUGCGGCGACCUGGUGGGCUACUGCUGUCUGUUCCAGCUCACAGCUGUUGUCGUGAUGUGGCAUAGGUGAUUGCUGUGCCGGCUAGAACCCGCCAGGAAAUGACAACCCGAACGGCUAGUUCUGACAAGAGGGGACACUUUUUUUCUCGAUUGAGGACGUUGGCCGAUGUCCGCUCCCCCCCCUGCAAGCGUAAGGGUAGCCUGUACACGCGAUAGGCUCCAAUUUCAGAUUGUUGAGUGGUUUUCCGCAGCCGGGACGCGAGGUUGCUAUCCCGCUGUAUCGAACCGAGCCACGAUGCGUGCGCAGCUCCGAUACAGUGCGGCAUGUUUACGCAGGGGCCGCGCUCUGGGGAAGAGUGGAAGCGUGUGAGAAGGUGUGCGUGUCUGUGUGUCUUUAGUUGCUCUUUUCUUAGUUCGUUGUGAGGUACACACCUGGUGCUUGAUCACACCGGUGCUAUGCAUGAUACCAGGCGUUGUGACGGCCGAUUUUGAUGGACGGGAAAGCUCUUGCCAGUCACAGAGUUGUACUCUCCCAGCGUCGGGGCCGGAUGGGCCGCCACUGUUUUUAUGAUCGCGUUGUCGACAACUACGUACCUCACCUUCGACGGCGCACGCUUAAUCCUGGCCGGCGGCGGGGAGACAAU